CGCAGCGGUUGUGUCGAGAAUCACCAAGAAUCUCACAAUUUUAUUUUCUGUACAGCAAUUGGUAGAUUAUGAUGUGUCUGGAUGCAUAUUAAAUAGUUUUACAGACAUGCAACACGUAGAUAAACUCACCAAUAAGACUCUUGUCAUCAUAUGUUGUCAAUAUUCCAGUUGUACUUGAUUCGUAAUCGGAAUAUUUCAUUUCGGACAAAAUCUCACUCUGUGAGUGACAGUGUGCUUUCUUUGAACAACAAUGUCCCGUCAGUCGGAGGAGGUGCUGCUGAUUGUGAACCAUGUUAAAAACAAGAAGGUUGAUGGCGUGCUCUAUAUGAUGGGAGAGAGACUGGCCUGGAUGCAGGCCAGCAAACAAAGCUUCACGUAUAGCCAUGCUUAUGCUGAUAUCAAAGCACAGAAGAUAUCCCCGGACACAAAGGAGAAGGUUCAGCUGCAGCUGGUGAUGCAUGAUGGCGGGGCGAAUACUUUUCAGCUUAACAACCCGAAGGGCCGGGCAGCCCAGGUUGCAGACAGGGACAGCGUAAAGGAACUCCUGCAACAGCUCCUCCCCAAAUUCAGGCGCAAACUAAGCAAUGAACUUGAAGAAAAGAAUAGACUGUUACAGGAGAACCCAGAGUUGUUCCAGCUGUACAAGGACCUGGUGGUUUCCCAGGUGAUCACUGCCGAGGAGUUCUGGGCCACACAGGCACCUAAAUACAGUGCGAAAGAGAAAGUGGAACAGAACCAAACAACUGGAGUAUCAGCUGCAUUUUUAGCUGACAUUAAACCAGAGACAGAUGGCUGUAAUGGGCUCAAGUAUAACCUCACGGCUGACAUCAUAGAGUCCAUCUUCAGAACUUAUCCAAUGGUAAAAAAGAAGCAUGCAGAGUACGUCCCACAUGAGAUGUCGGAGAGUGAGUUCUGGACAAGGUUCUUCCAGUCACACUAUUUCCACAGAGACCGCAUUGCACAUACCAGCAAGGACCUCUUCUCAGACUGCGCCAAGAAAGAUGAGGACGAAAUCAAAAUGGAGGUUCAAAAGAGAAAUACAGACCCGUUGCUGGAUAUUUCUUCCCUCAAAGAUGGAAAUAUAGGAGAUGGUUAUGGAGGUGGGAUAGGCGAAGACAGGGGAGGCUCUGCCAGCUCAGCCAACAUGACGAUGAUACGCCGUUUCAACCACCAUUCCACUAUGGUCCUCAAGGCCUGUGAACAGGCCGGCAGCCAGGCUACAACUGCAUCAAGCCAGAAUGGAGCAGCAAGGCCUGCCAAUGGGAGUCUUGCAGCCACACAAAUGAAUGGAGAGACAAGUCACUCUCAUGAAAACACACCAAAAAAGGCCCGAAUUCGAGAAAAACUUCAGUUUAAUGACCUAGAAGUGACAGAAUGUCGUAAGACUGUGAAUAUGCGGUUGUCACGCAUGGAGCGCUACCUCCACGGGCCUACGCCUAUCACAUCAUCCCGAUAUACUUCCAGUGAGGAUCUCAUCUCAGCAAACAACACUGUAUCUGCGGAAAUUGACUCAUGGAAUCCAAACCUCACUCAUGUUCUGCUGGGCUCAUCAGCAGUUACGGUUCUUGGGGAGUUGUCACCAGGGGGUGCGCUCAUGCACGGAUCCACACAGCAACAGCUCAACCAGAUGGUCCCGGAUGAUGUACAGCAGGAAUUAAAGCAGUCCUACUCAGCCCUCUGUGAACUGCUCCGGCACUUCUGGGCCUGCUUCCCUGCAUCAAACAAACUUCUUGAAGAAAAGGUUGUAAAAAUGAAGUCCACAUUAGAGAGAUUCCACAUGAACAAAUUAAACCCGCUAAAGGACAAAUUACUCCAGAGUCACUAUUCCAUGGAUCUGACAGCACAUAUGCAAGACCUCCUGAAUGCGGCAUACACAAAGUUUGAAACUUGGCAGUCUAGACGCAUGCUACGGAAAUCCUGAUAGUGCAAUUACACAAAGGAGAAAACUCUACAUUAUGCAAGACUAUCACCUAUCCUUGUGAUAUUUGUGGCGUUCAUAGUCUUCCAAAUAAACUGUUUGGGAAUUUGUAUAGAACUGCAAGCAGGGAUGUUCACAGUUACAUGUGAUAACAGUGUUAAGUGCUGUUGUUGGGAUUUAUUGCAAAACAAAAUAUGAAAGGAAUGAUAUUGAUGAUAAUUUACUGUACAGAGCAUGUAUGUGUGCCAUAAUGAUUAAAAUGCCGUCGUCUGCCUUUUGCUUCAAAAUGAGAAUCAGAAAUUUUAUGCCUUUGAAGGUUGGCUAGUAAAUGUGCAUGUUAGUAAUUGCAUUAUCAAUUAAACUGGAUUGCACUUCAGUGGCAUUUCUCACUAAUUUUGACACUAAUUACAUGAUUGACUUUAUUAAGCCUUUUUAUCAAAAAUAUAGAAAUGCAUGUGAUAACCUGGUAUCCAAAGGUUGGUCUCUGGGGGAUACAUGGGAUUUGUCAUUAAACGCAAUUUGUUUUUGUUAUAAAUAAAGAUGUAAAAAAAUGAAGUCUGGUCUUUACUAUUUAAUGAUCAGCCAUACAAAGAAAGUCAAGAAAUGUAGGUCAUUUCCAUUCAAGUUUGUUCUGAAGUUUUCUGAACGUGUGCCUGCUUUCCAU